AUGGGUAUCGACAUUUGUCACAAACAUGACAGGAAGGUUCACCGUAAGGAACCCAAGACUGACGAUAUUUACUUGAGACUUUUAGUCAAGUUGUACAAAUUUUUGGCAAGAAGGACAAAUGCCAAAUUCAAUCAAAUUGUCUUCAAGCGUCUGAUCAUGAGUCGCACCAACAAGCCACCUCUCUCUCUGUCAAGAUUGUCACGUCACAUGAAAAAACAAGGCCGUGAAAAUAAGUUGGCUGUAGUUGUUGGCACUGUUACAGAUGACGAGAGAUUGUACACUGUUCCGAAGUUGAAGUUAGUUGCACUUCGUGUCACUGACACAGCCCGUACUAGAAUCUUGAAAGCCGGCGGUGAGAUCCUUACAUUUGAUCAAUUAGCAUUGAAGGCUCCAAAAGGAGAAAAUACUGUUCUUUUGCAAGGUCAAAGAAAGGCAAGGAAAGCUUACAGACACUUUGGAUUGGCUCCUGGAGUGCCACACAGCCACACCAAGCCUUAUGUCAGAGCUAAGGGAAGAAAAUUUGAAAGAGCUCGUGGUCGCAGAAAGAGCAGAGGAUACAAGAACUAG